AUUUGAUUACAAUAUACAUCUUUGUCAAUAAUUAUAAGAGUGUUGUUGUUUUUUUACAUUUUAGGCAAUAUCUGCAAAUGCAACUAUAACUAGUAAUGAGUCCGUAAAUGGCGUAGAAAAUGUUGAGGUCAAUAAUACUGUACAGACUUACAAUAGAUUGAACGAAAUGUGAUACCAUCACAACAGCAACUCCAAAUGUCUCAACCACUGCAAGAUAUCACAAAUUCUCAAAUGAUGCGCAAAACAAGUUUACAUCAAUCAGAAGUUAGCCCAUAUUAUAAAGACUUGUAUGCAAGAAAAUUUAUACAACGUACUGAUUCUGGUAUAGCAGGCCUGAAACGCCGUCAUUUGGAAACAGAAAUUUAUAUGUCUCAGAAUCGUGAAGAAUGGGACAGUAGCUUGUAUCCGGAAGAGUUGUUCCCUAAAAAAGUAUCCAAACUUACAGAAAUGCAAACUUUUCAUCCCGCAGUUAAUGCAGUUAAAGACUUCAAACCAAAUUCAGCUUUGUCCGCGGGUACAAACGUUUUUCUGUCCGGCUAUUGGAAGAAAGGACUUGUUAUGAAUAUUGAAAAUGAUGACAGUAAAGGGAAGGUGUAUACCAUAAAAGGAGCUUGAAAAUGGCAAAAUUCACCAAGUUUCAAAAUAUUUGAUUCGUCCGAAUUUGAUUUAGAUAUUUAUUUUAUGAAUUCCAUGUCAUUUUAAAAGUUGUGCCAAAUAAAGUCUACUUUUCACU